CAGGCGUCGUUAGUAGUGGUCCAUACCCACUUAGAGGUACUCGAGAUGUUCUUCAUUAAUUAUAAGAAAAAGCAAAGAAAUAAAAAACGUUAAUAAGCACAUCGCAGACAAACCAACCGCAACGCACAAAUAAACAUAAUGAAUUUUAAUACGACUAUACGUAAAAAUUUUAGGUUAGAAAAAAUCAUGUAACAUGCAAAAUAAUUACAAAAUUCCGUUAUCGACGUGUAGAUUUCGCAAAUAAUCGUUUUUUUCGGAGCGCGAACUAGGACCGUGCAGACAGUUCGCUCAUGAUUGCGUACGGGUUUAAUAUUCAUCCAUUCAGACAUUUUUUUUGAGAGAUGUGUACACAUUUUGUAAAUGUACCAAAUUCAUAACGACGUGAUGUUCGUUAAUUGUCGAAGAAUGUUUCCAGUUACCUUUAAGGAAAUGCCGGGUGUGUCGAAGUCGUAAUGUCGACGGGGCACAACGCCUCGCUUGGAGUGGCUAACAGUAGCGUAGAGCCCUCAACAACAUCACCACUUUCAACAACAAUCAGCGAUCGCGAACAGAUCAAGAUCGAUUUUUAUGACACGUACGACGCAAUGACGGGAAUACGAAUCGCAGCAACGCUGGGCGGAUUUUUUGGUCUGAUGGUGAUAUUGGUCGUUUAUAAAUCAAAAUCGAAAACGGAAAAGGCGCUGGAAGAUCCGAAACUGGCAGCGGCGGCCGUGGCCGAGGCCGAAGAGGAGGAGCAGCGACAAAUCCAAGCGGUCAUCGAAGCGACUGUACUGCACGAUAUGAACUCGAGAGGUGCCAGAAGGUCCUUGGACAUCACGAAUUCGCCGGCCGCCGGAUGGUUGCGUAACGCGAGAAGAUAUUCGGCGAUCGGUUACAGUGGCCUGACGGAACCGCCCAUAUACACACCUUCGCGCCUUCCUUGUUUUAUAGACGAAGAUUCUCCACCAGAUGAAGACGAAUUGGAAGAUCUAUCCACAUUUAAUAGAUAUUUAGAUGUACCACGAAGAUCCAGCAACAUAACGUGUUCAUCUUCAGAUAGUUCGUAUUUAGAGCGAAGAGGUUCGUCGGUCAUUUUAGGUCUUCCUGCGGUUCCAGCGCACAAAACAAGUCAGUGUAGACGCCAAUCUUCACCUCUUCCAGAACAGUACGACUUUUACUAUCCAAUUGAUAUCAGGGUAAUUCAGCCGACACCGGGCGGUUCUCCGUGCGGAAGUGAAAGGGCGCUUUACGACCAUGUUCAAAUUAAAAAUCCCGAGGCGAGACGAGCGCCGCUCGCGUCGAUUAGUAGUUGCAAUAGUUCUCUCGUCGCGGACUAUCCGGAUUUGGAAAUGCGUUCGUUAGACUCGGAUUCGGUGUUCCACGAGGAUGAGUGUCCAGACACGGAGGAUGAAGUGGACCCGUUUUCUACCGAUAGUGAAGCUAGCGACGGUGUCGAAUACGCUUGGUGCAGACGCGAUUCGAAACGAAGCCUCAAGCGUAGUAGAAAAUCGAGCUUUAAAAAUCGAAGGGUAAGCAUCCCUUGUAUCAGCGAGAAUAUUCCUGUUAUUAGUGAGCAUAGUGACUAUGAGAUCAAACCAUCGACAAGUCAUUUUGCAAGUAACGGUGAUGACUUUGCUGUUAAUGAGUUUAGAAUAAGUGUUAGCGAACAUGAUUUAAAUUGUAGCGAAAAAACGCCCUUUAUCAGAGAAAGAGGCCCGAGUGUAGGUAGCAAUUUGUUAACUCCAUCGGACAGACCUCCUUAUCCUCUUCCAUCCGAUAAGUCCCUAGAUUCCCUGACAUUAAUUGGUAGCGGUUACGGGUCCACUGUCACGUUACCGACUUUACCCUUAGCAGAACGUACGUCGUCAUCAAGUACAUUAAAGAAAGAAGGCUCGUGGUCUCAAGAAACUUUAUUUUAAAAAUUAAUGUUGGUUGCUACUGUUAAUAUUUAAAACAUAUCGUGUUAAAAAUAUUUUUCUACAACUGACAAUCGCUCUGGUAUUGAUUUUCCUGUUUCCAUUGUGCUUACAUAUGUAUACCUUCAUAUUCCUGGUGAUAUGUGCACACCACUUUAAUUUAGUAAUUGAAAGCAUGCUUAUUGUUAUGUGUAUCUACUAUUUGUUUGUGUCACAAAUAAUAUCUACUGUUCUGCAAGUAUAAGUCAAAAUGGCCAUUAAUCCUAAUUCAAACUGUUGCAUUAGAUUUAUUACGUUUGAAACCAUUUUUUCGGGGGUAAAGUGCGACGAGUACCUAUGCCUUUAACAUUUAUAGAAUCUGUUAUCACAUACUUUACGUUGCAGUUGAACAAAGAAUGUUGUAUAUUUAAAUGCAAUAAAUGUUUAUUUGUUAGUGUAA